AUGACUGUCGAGACAGAGACCGUCAGCUCCAUCCCACAAUCGCAGAUAUCUACCAUCGAUCGUUCUACCUUGGGCAGGCCCGACUUGGGAGGCUCUCUUCGCAUGAAGCCCAGCACCGAGACGAUACGACCAAGAAAGGAGAGAAAGCGAGCGACGCGCAAGGCGCCCUCGAUUAACAACGGAACGGGUGUGUUCAAUCCCCCAUUGCAUUUGCGUCAUCAUUCGUCCGUUGCUUCGUUCUCUUCCCGUCGCAGAAACAUACCCACUUCUUCUGGUGAAGCCCAACCCUCACUUGAUUCCGCCGAUGAUUAUGAAGAUACGCGUUCAGAUUCGUCUUUUGUUGCUCAUUCGCCGCGUCGCGUUUCUGCUUUUCGUCGCGCUGCUCUAACCUAUAUACCGUCGCAUAAUACUAACGCAUUUAUUCGUUCAGCCUCCUCCAAGGCCGAUAUAUUCGAGGCCAGGGUUGCAAAUGCCGUCGACGAAGCCAACUCUUCAGAUUCGGACGAGACGUUUGUAUACGAAUCGAACCCGCCUGAGCAACAGCACAGAGCCAGUCGACAUCAUUCGCGUACACCUAGUGGGACAUCCCUACAUAGCCAGAGCGACUUCCGCCAUGGAAUGCGACCCUACGGCGAUCAUCGCAUCGCAGGCAAGCGCAGUAUGAAGUUCUCUAACAACCCUUAUAGCGUGUUGGACAGCCCUGAAGCCAUGGGUGAUGGCACGGUUCGGGCCCACCAUGCCAGGCAUAUUGGCAGAUUCGGCCGCCCGGGCGGCAGCAGUCGCACUUCUCUAUAUGAUCAAGACUCGCCCUUCAUUCAGGCAUCCAAACUACGCAGCACCACCUUGUCCGUUUCAGAACGAGCACCUUCGCGUCCAGGCACGCCACGCAUCGUCCAGAGCGGACAACAUCGACCUUCCGGAUUGUUCGGCAGAAAGAACGACAACUCACAGUAUGACUUUGAGGGAGAAGGCGCAGACGACGAGCGCACGCCCAUGCUGGGUAGCGUCAGAACACCAAGGAAUAGUCAGCGCAAUUAUGGCAGGAGGUUCAACAGCGACAACAGCAUGCGCUCAAUUGACUAUUACGGCGUCAGAGAACCACGAUCACGGUUUAGCAGAGUCGGAGGGUUUAUCCUGGGUCUUCUAGUUGUCAUGAUGGUGACUAUGGGUGCUGUUGGGCUGCUGGUCAUGUUCAACAAGCCCUUGACGGACUUCCAUGUGGACAAGAUCCAGAACGUCCUUGCAAGCGAGCAAGAGAUCAUGUUGGACUUGUUGGUUGGGGCUGUCAAUCCGAACAUCCUGAGCGUGACCGUAACGGACAUGGACGUGAACAUAUUUGCCAAGAGCAAGUAUGUCAACCCUAUUGGAAGAGAUAACGGCUCCUUGCCAGCAACGACUCAGCGAAGACGUCUGAUCACUCGUGGAGAGGCUGGAGGUACCCCGUGGCAAGACGAACACGGUCACUGGCAUGCAGGCUCAGGUGUGGACAAGGGCACGGAUCCUAUCGAAGGCGACUCGCAGACCAUGCUCCUCGGCAGGAUUCUACAUUUCGACCAAGCUUUGUGCUUCGAAGGAUCACCCAUCAAACGUCACACACACUACUCGCUGGGCGAGCUCCGUCUUGGGUAUCCUGGCAACAAAACGGAGAGCGGAGGAUCAGAGCGCUGGGAGAGGGUACUGCAAUACCCUUUCGAGCUCAUUCUUCGAGGAGUACUCAGAUACCAACUGCCGAUGAGUAAUCGACGCCAAUCAGCAGCUAUCGGCGCCAGUGUGAUAGUACACCCCGAGGACCCGAUAGACAGUCAUGGGCGCAUGCGAUUAGAAGAGGUGGACCACAGCGAGGAGUGGCAGUGGGCAGAAGUGGACGAUGUAGAGAGCACCGAGACGCUCAUGACAGAAGUGUACUAA